UUGGAGGAUAUAUCACACGCGUUUAAACCUCCAAGCAUCUUUGACUACAGCUCGUUGAAUGAGUCCGUCAAGAGCUUGAGAAAUUCAUAUCUUAGUUUAGGUGCAUUACUGUCCCCGUAUUUUCUCUAUAUUUAUCUGUUUCCCGAGUUUCCUUGCUAUAAUUGGGAAGCUAUAUUGUACGUCUUCAUCCUCCUAAAUGACGAAAUCACGCAGCCACGACCCUUGUUGCGCAUUCUGCAUACUGUGGUGAAUAGUUAUUCGACACAAGAGCUGGGUUGUUUAAUGUGCGCAGAGGCUCUUUUGCUUCUCUCAUACCAUCUGCCAGACGUCCUAUAUGGGUCCUGAUUCACCCACCAUAUGGGGGGAAAAAUCAUCUACUACUGCCUGUCUCCGUGGCAGUAAUUUUGCAGGGAGCAACGAGGGAGAGAGAUAUUCGACAAUAUGUCGAGUCCUAUGGCUCUGAAGCCACUGGCAUCUGCCUAUGAAAGCCCUACCUUCGGUGAAGACAGCUCAUUUCAUGUCGAGCAGCCGGUUGGGUCUAUGUCAAUAUCUCCAUGUGGCAGAGAUGUUGUACUCGCUUCAAAAGAAGGUCUCCAUAUUAUUGACCUGGAUAGUCCCUAUUCCCCCCCGCGAUACCUCCCCCACCAUACCCCCUGGGAAGUAGCGGACGUCCAGUGGUCCCCUUUCGCCGCACGAGACAGCUGGGUUGUGAGCACAUCCAAUCAAAAGGCUCUAGUAUGGAACCUGGCAAUGAAAUCGACACAAAACUCCAUUGAAUACGUUUUGCAUGCACAUUCUCGAGCUAUUACAGAUAUUAACUUUUCCGCCCACCAUCCCGAUGUCCUAGCUACGUGCGCCGUGGACAGUUUUAUUCACUGCUGGGACCUACGCUCUCCAGCAAGGCCAGCGAUAUCAUUUUCCGACUGGUUCGCUGGUGCAACCCAAGUCAAAUGGAACCGACAGGACCCUCACGUUAUUGCAAGCUCGCAUGAUAGGUUCCUCCAGAUUUGGGAUGAUCGAGUGGGUGCUCGUCCACUGCGUACGAUCGUGGCACAUAAUACGAAAAUCUACGGCCUUGACUGGAACCGGACACGUCGAGAGGCAUUGGUGACUUGUUCGUUGGACAAAACCAUCAAGUUUUGGGAUUAUUCGGUUGCAGAAGAUAUUCCGGAAAAGGUCAUUCACACUCCGUUUCCUGUUUGGCGAGCUAGAAACACGCCAUUCGGAUGGGGCGUUCUUGUCAUGCCGCAACGUGGAAAUAGUGAUUUGCAUCUUUAUAGCCGGAAGAGAGGUGAUGAUGGCGGUGAUCCUCCGCGUGUUCAUAGCUUUCCUGGUCACAGGGGUCAAGUCAAGGAAUUUCUCUGGAGAUCGAGAGGGACGGUAGUGGAUGGUUUAGAUCAUCGCGAAUUCCAGCUUGUGUCCUGGGGCACGGAUAAGGAGUUGCGAUUGCAUCGAGUAAACCCAGAGAUUUUGGAGGGAGUUGGAUACGAAAUCGGAAAGUCCUUCAACCCCUCUCUAAACCUGACGCGAAAAGGUGCUGUCUAUAAAACGUUCCGCGAUGAUCCACCGCUAGAGGAUAAUGCCGAGCAAAAGGGUAUUCCUCUAGGAAAUCAAACAUCCAGCCACCAUCGAUCGCUAUCGACUGUUGGAGUUGGACCCAGUAGUGUCUCCAUGCCUUACUAUCGUAGCUGGAACCGAGGGGGGACGAUGGGGUCUGUGGUUGGUGUACAAGGGCGGUCCGCUCUACGCGCUGACAUGAAUCCUAUUUCUUGGAUGCGGGGUGUCAAGAUAUCAGGUUGGGAGGUGGAAACACUAGGAGACGAAAUUACACAUGUUGGGGAAAAGUUCACAAAGGUUUCUUUCGAAUCUGUUAAUGUUGGGCAACGCAAAACGACAGUUUCAAUGCAUGGCCCUUGGGGUCCCGACAACAGUAACCUUUUCAUAAAGGUCGACAUUAAAUUCCCUCCUGACUACCCACGAGCUUCGAUCCCCGUAUAUACUGUGCAAAAGACUAGCUCAGUCACUGCCCAGUUGGCGUCGACCAUGACGGCAGGGUUACGAACUAUCGCUGAGACAUAUCUCGCUCAGAAGCGAGGCUCCCUCGAGGGAGCCAUCCGCUACCUUUUGGGCGAACAUAAUGUCGAGGAGAGCGUGGCGUUGGUGAAACGUCAGUUCGGCGAAGCGUUGAAGUCCCCAGAUCUACUAGAUGGCGAUGAAUCCAGCGAUGAUGAUGAAGAAAAUGGGCAAUUCCGAGCGUCGCAACUCGGCCUAAGCUCUUCUGAGAUGCUCCGGCCAGUUAAUGCAAAUGUUAUGGUGCCGGUAUAUAAAACAUGUGGGGCGUUCUGGACCAACGAUGGCCGGCUUGUGUGCUUUUCCCUCCCCAAAAAGGAGAAGGCAACAGUGUUCAUGGGCUCCAUGGGACUUAGUGAUAUGCGACUUGCAAGAAGCGAUAGAGUUUUUGAAGCCUUUGGCCGAUUGCAGACAAGCUCACCGGGCCCAAAGCCUUCUAGUGGCGUCGGGACUGGCCGGGCCACCAUCACGGAUGAUGGAGUUUCUGACUAUUCAGAUGAUUCGUCUGUCGAGUCCUCGAGCUCAUCAGGCUCAUCAGAUCUUCUGGGAAACCUCCCACCUCAAUUUCAUGGCCCGAAUACUUGGAGAAGUGGGAGUUUGGGGUUCUAUCGUUCAAGAUCCACUGAAAACUCUCAGAAGUCUACGACGGGAGUUGGCACCGUGAAGUCAUCGUCGGACAACUCACAUAACAUCAUCCAUAUUUAUGAUCUAAAGGGCCUUUUACCAGCCAAACGGGAGCUCGCCGAGAAAUAUCAAGUAUUUGGUAACCCGCCGGACAUAUGCGCGCAUAAUAUGGCAGUUGCAGCUGGCGUGGGAAUUUUUGAUCUCGCUCGAGUUUGGGGUCUCGUUAGGUUAAUGCUACAAAAUGAGCUUUCCUCGAAUACUAUCCCUGGAGAUGAUGUUGUCGGGAUUGCACGAAAAGCCAUGCGUGACAUUAAAGGGAAAGAUAGCGCUGUAGACUCGAGGCUCGAUGAAUUUACGCGGAUAAAGCCGUCUAGCAGUUCUCGGCCUGACAAGGUAAAAUGGGGAGAGCAUCCUCUUGGCCGUGGUUGGCUUAUUCCAGCAUUAUUUAACUACUUCGAGCGGUUAGGGGACAUUCAAAUGUUGGCAAUGCUCUCAUGCAUUUUAUACGAACCGAAGUCUGGAAUGGAUGCAAGCCAAUCGGGAUUUCGCCGGGUCAGACGAUCAUCAGUUAUUGUACACAACCCACCGCUAGCUGAAGAUAACAGUUCACCAACAGGAAAUUUCCGUAACAAAUGUCAAGCAACAUCGCAGCUCCCGCCAUUAUCCAAGUCGUCUAGCCACGGCGUUUCGGUGUCCCAAAGCUCUGCUUGCUCUUCAACAGAACAUUGGCAAGUAGAUACGCCACCACUAUACUCCACUGGGAACACGCCCCCUCAAGGAAUCCAACUGAGCAGACAACCUUCGGGCCGAAAAUCGCAGCCUCAAGUUAUAACUUUGUCGGGUUCACCAGAUCGUCAUUCUAAUCCACGCUCCGUUUCCGGCUUAGGCACCACGCUCGCUUCUUCGCUCUCCCGGUCUUUUACGUUUGGACCUUCAGGAUCCUCAUCACCUCCAAGUAAUAGUAGCAAGAAGCGACCAAGCCCCGCAGGCAGCCUCCAUGUGAAUGGUCCCAGUGGAUGGACUACAGGUGGUAUUUUCGGAAAACCAGCAUCCGCAAUCCCGGACCACUUAACGGCAUCGACUACUGCGACAUCACAAACCCCUUCUGAUUCUGAAAGUGAAAGGCCAACGUCACCCAAGUCCAAACCACCAAAGGGGUUGAAAAUAGUUAUGAAAAAUCAACAUUUGUUCGAUUGUGACAACCAUAAUUACUCACCUCUGCUUGAUCAGCAGCACAGGCAACUCUUCAAAUCGUAUCGAGCUGCGUAUGCUAACCUGUUAUUUGUUUGGGAUAUGCCCAUAACGCGCAAGGAGGUACUUAAAAUCGAUGGCGCCUCUAGCGGUUGCCCCGACAUGUGUCAUUCAUCACGCCUGAAAUAUCAUGAUAAGCGAAUAUCAAACUUCGCAAGACGUGAUUCUAGGCCACUAGCCUCGAUUCGAUCUCAAGAAAGACACCCUUUUGAGAUCAACCAAGGUCUGGAUAUACAACGAAAUUGCGCGAGAUGUGGAUGUGCUCUUCAUAUAUCAGCCUUUGAAAUGUCUAGCAUUGUAAAAGACAGCUGCAGGAGUAAAACGCGCCGUGGAGAUUCGCCUGCAAUUCAAUGCCCCCAAUGCAAACCACCACAGCCCAUCCCUACCAAGUUGUCAUGUGUUAUCUGUGCCGAAGUCAUUGAUGGAAUGUUUGCUCCGUGUUUAAAUUGCGGGCACAUCACCUGUAUCGAAUGCCACCAGAACUGGUUCGCAACCCACCCUCACCUCGCCGCAGGAAAGAAGUCGACCGAUACUCCAUUCUGCCCAAGCGGCUGUGGCUGCAUUUGCUCCGAUCAUGUCGUGAUCAAGGUCCCCAUGCCAUCGCCGCCGAAUGUAUCACCCCCAGAGAAAAAGUCUUCUACAGUCAAGGAAUCUUCGUCGCAUCGAAGUCGAUCGCAACCUGCCCGUCGAGAUCGCCGGCGUAGCACAGGAGUUACCACCAGCAAUCACGGCUCCAGACACGAUGGAGAUGCAUAUCUUGAUAGCAGGACUAGCUUACCCUUUGUCUCGCAAGUUGCACGUGGUCUUAAUCUUGAUCUCCAUCAGAGGAAACAUGCCUCGAAGAAAUCUGCCACCCGCAUUUCUAAUAGGAGUGGCGAUCUAAAAAAUGCCUUAGAAAGAGUUGAUACACUCUAACUUUUCUGCGUCAUUUUAUUCCGCUCCUCUCUACCCUUCCCUAUUGCCCCACCUAAUCGAUAUAUUCUUCGUAUUAAUACCCAUUCAAAUUCUUCUUCACAUUUCUUACUAGUGUUUUUCCCCCAUGCUUCCAGCAUAUCUACUAUUCCCCGUAUAGCGCUGAUGGUCGUUAGUGGGUGUUAUCCACAUUCGGUUCUCACCCUAUGAAAUAACUAAAGGAUAUCCCAGAUAAGUGACCUCGUCCUGGGCCCAUGUAAUGUGUAUAUAUAAUGAUUUGUGAUGGUCAUGUACAUGAUGAUUUUAAGUAUUUAAAUGCAACAUUAUUGUUUGUUUUCUACUACUCCAGUCACAUAAUUCCUCCCCGUUUCCGUACUAUGCGAAGCGAAGUGUGCUCAAAACUCUCAAUAUGUUUAACCGUGUUUUAUAUUUGGAGAAUCUAUUCCUCAAGGUUAAUUGAUCAUUGACCGAGCUGGUAACAGCCACGAGAAAUAUCUCGUAGAAUAUUUGAAUUGUAAUAGGACCUGGAAUAUUAUGUCUACUACAACUCCUAGCUUUCCAAGAAAAGCCGCAUCCCAUCUUGCUCGGCCUAGCUGAAAAGUUUUAAAACGGCGCCGC